AUGUCGCGGAAAAGGCGGCGAGCAUUUAACGUAGUUGCUCCUCUGUGCAACACAAUAUAUUGCCCUUUUGGUGUUCUGAGUCGCAGUGUUUCAUUUCCGUUUGUUUUCUACACUGUUAAUUUGCAAGCACAAAAACCUCUUUGGAGGCUGAACAUCUCAGCAAGCUUGAUUUUAGCAGAAGCCUGUAAAGCACUUUUUGAGGACAAGGUGUCCUUCUGAAGGAAAAUGCCAUUCAGAGAACCCAGCUGCACAGAGAAUAUCACACAGAGCCACCGCAUCACCUGGGCCCUGGCAGGAGAGGCCGCCUGCACCCUUACCUAUGUCAUGACUUUGCACAAAGGGUUUGAGACCUUUGGGCUUUUCUUCAGGGAGCUGUUCAUGCUCCAGAAUGUCUACCAUGUUCAUGUGGAUUGCUGAUUUCUUGGUGCCUCCCUCAUUUUCUGGGCAAAGAGGGCGGUCUAGGGCAGCACUUCCCAUCCAUGGGCUGACCUCCACUGCAUGAGAGACCUGUUGGCCUUCACCAUGCCCUGGUGCUACCUACUCAGCUCCUGUGGUCAGGACAUCCAGCUGCUGAAGAGCCCUGGGGGCAAGGACAUCACACCCAGGGUGCUGCCACCUCCCCACAUCACCACCUGCACCAAAUACGUGCGCAGGGAGCUAUUCUACUCUGCCUUUUCUUUCAUGCUGUGGACAUUUGUGUGCAGAUGUCCUCUGACCACCUGUUUUGGCUCUGUGUCUGUGGCCAUCACCUGGCUCUUUGUGGAGUUCCUGCUGCAGGACCAGUGUGUUCUCCAUCUGCUGGCAUGGCCCAAGGACACCAACAGCCCUGAGGGGCACUUCUGGGUGAUGCCCUGCAGGAUCCUGGGUGAGCAUGAUUUCUUCCACUUGUUUUUUCUGUAG